AUGGACGCUGGUGCAUUGAGAACUGUAACUGGACAGAUAGGCACUUUAGUGCUUGAUAUGCAAGGUCACGUGCUCUCAUCUACUGGUGAGCUACGUGGAACUUCUGGAGAGAUUGCAGCCGAGACUAUUUACUCAAUGUUACAAGACACAAGCUGUGUGCUGGAUACCAGUCAGAAAGAGGAAUUACGGCGCAUGACCAUAAAAUUCCCGACAUACAACUACGUUGUAACGCAGGAUGCCGAGCAGAUUUACGUGAUCAAACGCAAUACUAUUCAGGAAUAA